GCGCGUGGGGUCCCUGCGCCGGGGAAGCGACCCCCGCCCCGGCCCUGCGCUUGGCCCGGAGGUGGGCGCGGCGCCCUCGGGCAACGGACGGUUGCGACCCCGGCUUCGCCCCGCAGCCCCCACUUUCUGCCGAUUUCGGCAGCCUCUCUCCCACCCAUCGCCCCCCGAACAAAAUAUGAAGUGGUUGGCGGUCAGUGAGGAGUCCCGUCGCGACUUGGACGGUCACACACGUUUUGCAGGAGUUUGCAUCCGAGAGAGAGGCAGGCAGAGCGUGGGAUUGAGGAGGCUGAGGCUGCUGGAGAUGCCAGCGAUGGAAAACCAGUCAUUUCCCACCGAAAGGCACAAGUGCGGUCUGCGGGCGCUGCACGGGUCUGCCCGAAACCUCGACCCCACGUCCACCCCGGCCGCCCGCGCCCGAGGCUUUACAGGCUCCCGAAACGGGUGCAUUUUCAUCUGCGGUGUCUGGACCCUAGAGUUGAUCCUGUAGGCGACCCCAAAGUGCUCCUGGCUCUCUUCCCUCUCCGCAGUUGCACCCUGAGGCUUUUUCAAAUUUCAAAAUUUUUCUUUUUUUCCUUUUUUUAAGAAGAUAAAAUACUGGUACAACUUAAUGAAAAACUACUGGCUUAUUCAUGUAUUUUCUUUUUAAAAGAGGAAUGUUGCAUUUGUUCCAACUGUUAGGUAGUUUUGUUGUCAGUGUGAUGAGAAGCAAAGUUUUCAGCUACUGCUUAACUAAUUACAUUGAUUUCUUGACCUGCCGCUCUGUAGAAGGGCAGUCAGGCAGGAAGCAGCUUUGAUUAGUUUGUCCUUUGGAGGAGCAAUCGGACUGAUGUUUUUGAUGCUUGGAUGUGCCCUUCCAAUAUACAACAAAUACUGGCCCCUCUUUGUUCUAUUUUUUUACAUCCUUUCACCUAUUCCAUACUGCAUAGCAAGAAGAUUAGUGGAUGAUACAGAUGCUAUGAGUAACGCUUGUAAGGAACUUGCCAUCUUUCUUACAACGGGCAUUGUCGUGUCAGCUUUUGGACUCCCUAUUGUAUUUGCCAGAGCACAUCUGAUUGAGUGGGGAGCUUGCGCACUUGUUCUCACAGGAAACACAGUCAUCUUUGCAACUAUACUAGGCUUUUUCUUGGUCUUUGGAAGCAAUGACGACUUCAGCUGGCAGCAGUGGUGAAAAGAAAUUACUGAACUAUUGUCAAAUGGACUUCCUGUCAUUUGUUGGCCAUUCACGCACACAGGAGAUGGAGCAGUUAAUGCUGAAUGGUAUAGCAAGCCUCUUGGGGGUAUUUUAGGUGCUCCCUUCUCACUUUUAUUGUAAGCAUACUAUUUUCACAGAGACUUGCUGAAGGAUUAAAAGGAUUUUCUCUUUUGGAAAAGCUUGACUGAUUUCACACUUAUCUAUAGUAUGCUUUUUGUGGUGUCCUGCUGAAUUUAAAUAUUUAUGUGUUUUUCCUGUUAGGUUGAUUUUUUUUGGAAUCAAUAUGCAAUGUUAAACACUUUUUUAAUGUAAUCAUUUGCAUUGGUUAGGAAUUCAGAAUUCCGCCGGCUCUAUUACUGGUCAAGUACAUCUUUUCUCUUAAAAUUAUUUAGCCUCCAUUAUUAGAAAAAAUUAUAAAAAUAAGUUUUCAAUCAGUCAGGAUGACAUCACUCCCAAUGUUAUGCAGACAUACAGACGGUUGGCAUACGUUAUAGACUGUAUACUCAGUGCAAAUAUAGCUGCAUUUAUACCUCAGAGGGGCCAAGUGUUAAUGCCCAUGCCCUCCGUUAAGGGUUGUUGGUUUUACUGGUAGACAGAUGUUUUGUGGAUUGAAAAUUAUUUUAUGGAAUUGCUACAGAGGAGUGCUUUUCUUCUCAAUUGUUAGAAGAAUUUAUGUUAAACUUUAAGGUAAGGGUGUAAAAACAGAUUUUUGAGAUAGGGUUUUUAUUUAUGUUUAUUAUUGUUAGAGUGAGUUGCAAUGUGGGAAGAAAUGACAUUGAAAUUCCAGUUUUUGAAUCCUGUUUCUAUUUAUAAGUGAAAUUUGUGAUCUCCUAUCAACCUUUCAUGUUUUACCCUGUUAAAAUGGACAUACAUGGAACCACUACUGAUGAGGGACAGUUGUAUGUUUGCAUCAUAUAUGCCAGAAAACCUUCCUCUGCUUCCUCCUUUUGACUUAUUUGGUAUGUUGUAUAUAUUACAUAAAAUAACUUUUCAAAUAUAGUUUAAUAACACUUAGAAGUGUUUACUUACCUGGAAAAUAAUUGCUAUGCCGUACAUUCAGAGUGCCCCCUCCCCUGCAAGGCCUUGCCAUGAUUAACAAGUAACUUGUUAGUCUUACAGAUAAUUCAUGCAUUAACAGUUUAAGAUUUAGACCAUGGUAAUAGUAGUUCUUAUUCUCUAAGGUUAUAUCAUAUGUAAUUUAAAAGUAUUUUUAAGACAAGUCUCCUGUAUACCUCUGAACUGUUUUGAUUUUGAGUUCAUCAUGAUAGAUCUGCUGUUUCCUUAUAAAAGGCAUUUGUUGUGUGAGUUAAUGCAAAGUAGCCAAGUCCAGCUAUAUAGCAGCUUCAGAAACAUACCUGACCAAAAAAUUCCCAGUAACCAGGCAUGAUCAAUUUAUAGUGGUCGUUUACAUCUAAUAAUUAUCAGGACUUUUUUCAGGAGUGGGUUAUAAAAACGUUCAAGUUGGUCUGACAGUAUUUUGUUAAGGAUAUUUGUUUGUAUGUUUAUUCAGUAUACUUACAUAAAAAUUAUUUCGCCAUCAGCCAAAACUCAGUAAUCAUGACAGCUGUCUGUUGUUUUAUGAAGUUUAUUUCUCAAGAAAAUGGGAAUAAAUUUGGGAUUUGUUCAGCUUUUUUACUAAAGAUGCCUAAAGCCACAGGUUUUAUUGCCUAACUUAAGCCAUGACUUUUAGAUAUGAGAUGACAGGAAGCAGGACGAAAUAUCGGCGUGUGGCUGGAGCCUUCCCACUGGAGGCUGAAAGUGGCUUGUGGUAUUAUAAUGUUCAGACUUCAAGAGGAAGGUGCAGGUACACAUGAGUUAGAGAGCUGGUGAGACAGUUGGGAACUCUUUGUGCCUGUGAUCUACUGGACUUUUUUUUGCAGGAAGUGCAUUCUCUGGUCCUUCCCUAUUUUCUGUUCUGGAUGUCAGUGCAGUGCACUGCUACUGUUUUAUCCACUUGGCCAUAGACUUUUUCUAACAGCUGCGUAUUCUUUCUAUAUACUAAUUGCGUUGGCAGCAUUGUGUCUUUGACCUUGUAUACUAGCUUGACAUAGUGCUGUCUCUGAUUUCUAGGCUAGUUACUUGAGAUAUGAAUUUUCCAUAGAAUAUGCACUGAUACAACAUUACCAUUCUUCUAUGGAAAGAAAACUUUUGAUGAUGAAACAAUAAAGAUUUUAAAUAUC